AUAUUUUGAGAGCGGAUGAGAGAUUUUGAUAAGAUGGACACAACGUAUAAAAUGCUGGCAAAGCACAGGAAAAAAUUGUUCCACCUUUUCUCAAUAGAAAGUUAAACCGGAUACGAUCUCACCAUGAGAGUCUUUGUUCCUUUACUUGUUGCUGUAGUGCUGUUUGUUGCAGUCAAUGCUGACAGAGGAUAUGGUGGCGGAAGAUAUGGAGGAGGAGGAGGAUACGGAGGAGGAGGUGGAUACGGAGGAGGUGGACGCUACGGAGGUGGAGGAAUUGGAGGAGGCAAACUAGGAGGUGGCGGUAUUGGCGGUGGCAUCGGUGGAGGUGGCAUUGGAGGUGGUGGAAGAUAUGGAGGAGGUGGCCUUGGAGGAGAUAAGCUAGGAGGCGGAGGAAUCGGUGGCGGAUAUGGUGGAGGUGGCCUUGGAGGUGGACGUGGAGGUGGAUUUGGAGGGGGACGUGGAGGUGGACUUGGAGGUGGUCUUGGUGGCGGAAAAUAUGGCGGUGGAGUUGGUGGUGGAAGAUAUGGAGGUGGAUACGGCGGCGGAAAAAUUGUUUAAAUGAAUUAAGGAAUUCUGGCAAACUCAAAUCCUCACUCAUGGGCUGUGAAAUAAAAACAAAAAGUGCUAAUAUAUUUUGUUAAUGCAUUUUGUGUUCAAUUCUAGCAAGUGCGUUAUUGUGCCAAAAUGAUUGACAUUAAAAUAUUGGUAAACUGUGACAUAAUGAAUGUGAAAUACUAAAUUUGUAACAAAUUAUACAUUCCUUUUUUUUUUUGUCCAAGAAAUGCUUAAAUGAACUUCAACUUUAGUUAUGUUGAAUUGGAAUAAAAUAUGUUUGUAUAAAACAGGA